GUCCCAAACAUUUAUGUGUUUAUUCUGUUGUUCUAAAUUAUAUUUUAAUUUGCGCCAUCUAGUGGUGAGAGCAUGUGGAACAAAGUUCAAUUAAAGUUCCACACGGACACAAUUAACUACGCACACAGCUAUCAGUGCAUUGCUGCAGCCACGUGAAGAUCUCCGGUAAGAUCAGUAGAGAUCACAUCGAUGUAUAACAGAAUUAUCAAUGUAAUAAUUUGUUUAUUGUGUUUAUUUAGAAAGUUAAAGGAAAGCUGAAGCCAAAUGAGUAAUUAGCCCCUCGUGGAUGUCAGCCCACGAGGUUUGUGUGCUUUUAUUUGUAUAAUUUAAGAUUCAUAUUUUGUAAGCUGUAGAAUUAUUUUUGAUGCAUAUUUGUGUUUUUAUUUUGCUGCCAGUUCUCACGGGUUGUGAAGACCAAUAAACCCUGUUUUAAACACCUCGUGCUCAUGCUAAUUCCUCGAGGGUGCUACAGUGAGAACUCUUCUGCUCCGCAUGGGUAGACGAGACGGUGCCAGCGCCGAGAGGGACAACAGCGCCACCCUGCGACGGCCAAAUGCACAGAACUUAACUUCAGGUUCCCAAAGAUGAAUGUUGCAUCAAGGACUCAGAUUAAUAUUAGUUAAUAUGAAAGUAUAACCGUCGACAAGAGACUGCAAUAAGAAACAAGAUAUUUUUCGUUUCUGUUUAAUCGAAGGGACUGAGAUUAUUUUAUUUUAUUUUCCUGUUCAAGUUUAAGUGAAUUGUUAAAAGGUGAAAUUUAUCUAUAAGUAACCUGUAUAUUGUUCAUAUUUAGUGAUUCAUAGUUACCAGGAAUUAGAUGUAAUAUUUGCCUAUUCAAGACAAGUUAUUGUUGCUUACUGCACACAGUGGUUUAAGUUCAAUAUUUUAAGUUGAAUUAGAAAAUUAAGACAUUUUGCAAUACUGUUAAGUUAAAGGUGCAGUAAUUUAAACCAAAGUUUUUCUAUUUUCCCUACAAAGUACAUAAAACUAAAUCAGUACUUUAAUCUUUAAAAUCAAACGCAAGCUUAAAAAUGUCAAGAUUGGAUGUUUCAUCUGAAGUUGGUGAAGAUGAUGUGACAUUCAGGUUAAAUGAGCAACCAUCAGAAGCUGAGUGCGUUGGAGAUGAUAUCCCCACUACCUCACAAGAUGCACGAAGGAGCCAAAGAGUCCGUACGCUAACGGAAAAGGGGCAAGAGCUGCAUGAUGAGCAGGUAAAGAAGGCCGCACAUCGUUUCAGUACGUGCUACGAGAAGUGGAAGGCUGUCAUUAAAGAGACUAAGAAAGCUAUAGAUGGACAAUGCUCAAUGGAUCUCCUGGAUGAAAACAUCACAAAAGUAAACAGUGCUGCUACCAAUGUUUGUGCUGCAUAUGAUGAUUUAAGACGCAUUGACACUCCUGACAAUGACACAAGACGCAGGAUGGAUACCUGUGAUGCAGUAACAAGGAGCAUCAUGGAAGCAGCUGAAAGAUCCCAAACAUUAAGAAACAGAGGUCAAAAGGAUGAAGAAGUUUGGAAGGUCGUAGAGUCAGUGUUCAAGUCUGCUGCUUCUGCAAGGUUAAGUGUUAAAUCUCAUCACAGUCCAAAGACUUCUUCCAAGUGUUCAAGCAGACACUCCAGCAAAAGACAAGAGGCAGCAGCGGAAGUUGCUGCAAAUGAAGCUGCCUUAGAAGUUCAACUGGAACAAGAAAAUCGAAUUAGGGAAAUUGAAAAACAAGAAGCAGAAAUUGCACAGAAACAACGAGAGCUGGAAGCAAAGCGCAGAGAAGUGGAUCGACUGGAAACAAUCAAAAGGCUUCAAGCUGCUAAAGCAAGACAAAGAGUAUAUGAGCAGAGUGAAAGUUCAGAGGAAGACACGUAUGAUGUGCUCCACCAGCAAUCCUCUGGUAAGGAAAAAAGGGUUAAGUCAGAAACCAGUAGCUUACCCCUCAGACCUCCUUUCCCAUCUCAAUAUGUGUUCUCCACUCCAGAAGUGAACACAAAAGAGCUGGUAAGAGCCUUCGCAGAAUCUCUCAACGCAAGUCGUCUCCCAGUCCCAGAGCCAACUAUAUUCAAUGGUGACCCACUCAGAUACAAUGACUGGAAGAUUUCAUUUCUGACUCUUGUUGACAGGAAAGCUUUACCAGCCGAAGAGAAGACAUACUAUUUGCGGAAGUAUGUAAGUGGACCUGCAAGGAAAGCCAUAGAAAGUUACUUUUUGCUGGGUACAGAAUCUGCCUACAAUGCAGCAUGGACAGUUCUUGAAGACAGGUAUGGCAAUCCAUUCCUUAUUGCUAAGGCAUUUAGAGACAAACUUGACGCAUGGCCAAAGAUCAGUUCCAAGGGCAGUGUGGAACUUCAAGAAUACGCUGACUUUCUUCGCAGUUGUAAUGCAGCUAUGCCACACAUCAAAGGUCUCGAAGUACUAAAUGACUGCAAUGAAAACCAAAAAAUGCUUACAAAACUCCCUGACUGGCUCACAUCAAGGUGGAACAGAAAGGUUACAGAAGUCCAAGAGCAGAGCCACAUGUUUCCAAGUUUCAGCGAUUUUGUUGCGUUCAUCUCAUGUGAAGCCAAAAUUGCAUGUAAUCCCAUAACUUCUCUCUAUGCUCUGAAACCAAGAGAAAAUGAUAAAACAAAGUUACAAACAACCAGGACUCAUGGCGCAAAGGUCAUGGCACUGAACUCCAAUGAAAGGGCUGUCAGUUUAAGCUGUGUCUAUUGUGAGAAAGCAGGUCACAGUCUGCAGAAAUGUUUCAAAUUCAUGAAUGAGAACAUUGGAGAAAGACUGAAGUUUGCACAAGAGAAGAAGUUAUGUUUUGGCUGUUUGAAGGUAGGCCAUCGCUCCAAGGAUUGUCACAACAGAGAAACCUGUGACACAUGUAAGAAAAAACAUCCAACAUGUCUUCACGACACACGGACUAAAGAAGAGCGAACUCAGACAAAGAACAAUGAAGCAAGGAGCACUGAUAAAACAAAACAAAGGAAACGAGAUUCAACACUACAAGACACCAAUUUCACACAAACAACAAGUGAAGCAACUUCUAACAGAGUAAUGCAGAAUGUUAAGGAUACUCACACAUCUUCUAUUGUUCCUGUGUGGGUUUCAGCUGAAAGUGAGCCAGAACGUGAAGUUCUAGUGUAUGCACUUCUUGAUACGCAGAGCGACACGACCUUCAUUUUACAGGAAACUGCAAGAGCCUUGCACACUGUAAAUGAGGUAGUUCAGCUAAGGCUUACUACAAUGUCAUCAAGAAAUACUGUUGUUACUUGUCACAAACUCUCCGGUUUACAAGUAAGAGGAUUUUACUCAAAUCAGAUCAUCCCUCUGCCAGUAACGUACACCAGAGACUUCAUUCCAGCGAAUCGGGAUCACAUUCCAACACCAGCAACUGCCAAGGCAUGGCCCCAUCUUGAACACAUUGCAGAUGAAAUUGCUCCACUCCAAAGUUGUGAUGUCGGUCUUCUGAUUGGUUAUAACUGCCCUCAAGCACUCAUACCCCGUCAAGUGGUUUCUGGCAAGGAAAAUCAGCCCUUUGGACAAAAAACUGAUCUGGGCUGGAGUAUCGUGGGCUUUGGCAAUCCACGUCUUGAUUAUGGUGAUGCCUUUGGAGUAAGCCACAAAGUCAUUGUGAAGCAAGUGGUUCCAGGUGUUCAACCAUCUUCAAGGUUCACCAAUGAAGUGCAUUACGUGUGCAGAACUCAAAUAAAGGAAAUGGUCUCACCUGCUAAUGUAAUCAAGCUGCUGGAGUCUGACUUUGCGGAAAGAGCUGCAGAAGAUGUUAAGAUCUCCCAAGAAGAUCUCAGGUUUCUGACAAAGAUGAAGGAAGGCAUCAGGCUCAAGGAGGAUGGACAUUUUGAGAUGCCACUUCCGUUUAAGAGUGACAAACCUAACUUACCUGACAACAAAUCAUGUGCCAUACAUAGGCUCAGAUGUUUGGAAAGAAAGUUGAGACGAAACAAGCAAUACUACAUGGAUUACAAGAAGUUCAUGGAAGAAAUCAUCGCUCACGGCGACGCUGAAAAAGUUCCUGAGCAAGACAUCAACAAUACUCCAGCAUGGUACAUUCCCCACCAUGGGGUGUACCACCCACAGAAACCAGGAAAGAUUCGCAUUGUCUUUGAUGGCUCUGCUAAGUUUCAAGGAACAUCCAUUAACGACCAUCUUUUGACCGGCCCAGAGCUUACAAACACCCUGCUCGGAGUCUUGUGUCGUUUCCGUAGAAGCCCAGUGGCUAUAAUGUGCGAUAUUGAACGCAUGUUUCACCAGUUUCACGUGUGUGCUGCUGACCAAGACUACCUACGGUUCUUAUGGUGGGAGAACGGCGACCUCGACACCCCAUUUACCAUCUACAGAAUGAAAGUUCAUCUGUUCGGUGCGGCAUCUUCUCCAGGCUGCGCUAACUAUGGCCUCAAACAUCUGGCAGCUGAAGGAGAAGGACGCUUCAGUAAGGAAACAGUGAAGUUUAUAAAAACAAACUUCUAUGUCGACGAUGGCUUAGCAAGUGUUGAUACGGAAAGCCAAGCAGUACAGUUGGUCAAAGAGGCACGUGAACUCUGCAGCACAGGCAAACUUCGAUUACACAAGUUCAUAUCAAACAGCACAAAGGUCUUGUAUUCCCUUCCAAAGGAAGAAUGUUUAGUAUCUGCCAAAAAUAAGGACAUGGCAUUGAGUGAAAUCCACAUAGAGAGAGCACUAGGCGUGCAAUGGUGUGUGGAAUCAGACCAGUUCCAGUUCAGAGUGACUGUUAAGGAAAAUCCACUCACUCGAAGAGGAGUUUUAUCCACAGUCGCCUCUGUGUUCGAUCCACUUGGAUUUGUGUCACCCUUCAUCCUGCUAGGAAAGCAGAUCCUGCAGCAGAUGUGUCGAGAUAAACUCAGCUGGGAUGACACCUUACCUGAAAAUCUUCGACCUCAGUGGGAAUCUUGGCUGCUUGAUCUAAGGAAUUUGGCAAAGGUAAAGAUUCAAAGAUGCUACACUCCAAAUAACUUCAAGGCAGAGCAUUAUGAACUGCACCACUUCUCUGACGCCAGUACUUCUGGAUACGGCAUGUGUACCUACCUCAGAGCAGUAAGCACAUCUGGUGAAGUCCACUGUUCCUUGGUGAUGGGAAGAUCAAGAGUUCCACCAUCGAAAGUUACAACCAUUCCCCGACUUGAGUUGUCAGCUGCUGUAGUUGCUGUUCGCACUGGUGAUAUGCUGAAAAAGGAACUGGAAGUUGAAAUGUUGCAAGAAACCUACUGGACCGAUUCAAAGGUUGUUCUAGGAUACAUCGCGAAUGAAGCCAGGAGGUUCCAUGUUUUUGUUGCAAACAGAGUUGAACGUAUCAAACAAAGCACAGAGCCUGCACAGUGGAGGUAUGUGGCGUCCGAAGAGAACCCAGCAGACCAUGCCUCUAGAGGUCUUACAGCUGAACAACUUAUAGCCUCAAACUGGUUUCAAGGUCCAGAUUUUCUCUGGCAGAAGGUCAUGUCCAGUGGUGAGAUCAAGGUGGGAGAGAUAUCAAGCAGUGAUCCGGAAGUCAAGAAGGUUCAGGUGCUCAAGACACAAGCCAAAGAACAAAGAUCUCUUCUGGAUCGCAUACACAAGUUCUCAGACUGGUCAAGAAUGAUCAAAGCCAUUGCUAGACUCAAGCGCCUUGCAAAAGAAGUGAAGGAACGCAAGAGAAGAUCUUGUGAAGUCAGUAAUGUGGAAGAAAGAAGGGAAGCAGAGCUGACAGUUAUCAGAAUGGUUCAAGGUGCUGCCUUCUCGCAUGAAAUAAAGUCCCUUCAAAAUCCCACAUCAAUACAAACCAAAGACAUUGUCAAAAAGUUACAUAAAUUGAGUGCAUUUCUGGAUGACCAAGGCUCACUUCGAGUUGGAGGACGUCUCAAGCAUGCUGCUUUACAUUCUAAUAUCAAGCAUCCAGUUAUCUUACCAAGAGACAGCCAUGUGUCAAUGUUACUCAUCAAGCAUUACCAUGAGAAAACUCACCAUCAAGGACGAGGGAUCACUAUGAACGAGCUACGCGCAAGUGGAUAUUGGAUCCUUGGCUGCAGCAAGGUUGUAUCCUCUUAUAUCCACAGAUGUGUCAAAUGCAGAAAGUUCAGGAGAUGCACAGAACAGCAGAAAAUGGCAGACCUCCCGAAAGAUCGGAUGGAGACUACUCCACCAUUCACCUACUGUGGGAUGGACUGCUUUGGUCCUUUUUAUGUCAAGGAAGGCAGGAAGGAGCUAAAGCGUUACGGCUUGUUAAUCACCUGCAUGUGCUCAAGAGCAGUGCACAUAGAAAUGCUUGAUGAUUUAACCACCGAUGCCUUCAUCAAUGCACUGCGUGCAUUCAUCGCCAUAAGAGGCUCAGUUCGUCAGAUAAGAUGCGAUCAGGGAACAAACUUUGUUGGUGCAAGAAAUGAGUUUGCAGAGGCAUUCAAGGAAAUGGACCAAAUCAAGCUGGAAAAUCUGGAAUGCGAGUUUCUCAUGAACACCCCAGCUUCAAGUCAUAUGGGUGGUGUCUGGGAACGACAAAUCCGCACCAUAAGAAGUGUUCUGUCAUCCAUCCUUGAACAAUCAGCUAAACAACUUGACAGCUCCUCUCUAAGAACUUUCCUUUAUGAAGUCAUGGCAGUGAUAAAUAGUCGACCUCUUACCACAGAUCAACUAUGUGACCCAUCAAGCCCAGAACCUCUGACGCCAAACCACAUAUUGACCAUGAAGUCCACAAUCAUCUCUCCACCACCAGGCAAGUUUGUCAAGGAAGAUCUUUAUCUUCAGAAGAGAUGGCGUCGUGUUCAACUCCUUGCCAAUACCUUCUGGACAAGAUGGAAAAAGGAGUACUUGCUGAAUCUUCAAAGUAGACAAAAAUGGACUAAACAAUACCGAAAUGCCCAAAUCAAUGAUAUUGUGCUUUUGAAAGAUGAAAUAACACCACGAAACCAGUGGAAGUUGGCAAAAAUCGUUGAUGUGUACCCUAGUAAGGAUCAAAGAGUGAGAAAGGUCAAGCUACUGAUGAGUGAUCGCACUCUAGAUGAAAAAGGAAAGCGUAUCUCCAAACCUGUUUAUCUGGAAAGGCCCAUUCAGAAGACAGUUGUCCUGUUAGAAGCAAAUUAAGGAGACUGAACUCUUAAUACUCUAAAUAAAAGAGUAACAAGUCAUAUUCCAUAAUUAGUUCACAAUUCAUUGCAUAUUAAGAAUAACUAGUUCAUAAGUUUAAAAGCAAUAUUUAGUUCUAUAAAUCACAAGUGAUUGGUGGGAGUGUAACAGUCCCAAACAUUUAUGUGUUUAUUCUGUUGUUCUAAAUUAUAUUUUAAUUUGCGCCAUCUAGUGGUGAGAGCAUGUGGAACAAAGUUCAAUUAAAGUUCCACACGGACACAAUUAACUACGCACACAGCUAUCAGUGCAUUGCUGCAGCCACGUGAAGAUCUCCGGUAAGAUCAGUAGAGAUCACAUCGAUGUAUAACAGAAUUAUCAAUGUAAUAAUUUGUUUAUUGUGUUUAUUUAGAAAGUUAAAGGAAAGCUGAAGCCAAAUGAGUAAUUAGCCCCUCGUGGAUGUCAGCCCACGAGACUGGUCAGUUAUUUGGAGACAACAUGUACAAAUAGUUCCUGGACUGAUCUGCUAACUUUGAGGUGGAGAGGCUGUCAGGUUCAUCUGUUUCAGGGUCCUGCAUGCUCUCCCUCCAUGUUGGCUGUAGCAGUGGAUGGAACUUGCUAAAUGUACUGUUUUGAGAGCCAAAAAAAAAAAAUGCUCAGUGGUUAUUUGGAAGAUGCGUUUUUGACCAAAAACACUGUGGUGACCUCCUUUGUGAACUGCAUUCAUGGGGAAAUAGAAUAUAAUCCUGGAGAUGGGAGAUGUGGAGCAGGAAAGUUUGUGGCAGCACCAGAGUCCUCCAACAAGUCUUCUGGCAAAGUAAAUGAGGAAGGAUCGCAGUCUGCCAUCGUGGAGUUUUGCUGAAAGGACUGAACAUGUUCCAUCCAUGCAUCCAUCUUCUUCCAUUCAUCCAGAACCAGGUUGUGAGGGCAGCAGUCUAAGCAAAGAUGCCCACACUUCCCUCUCCUCCAGCUCCUCUUGGGGGACCCCGGGGCCAGCUGAGAGACGUAGUCUCCCCAGCGUGUCCUGGGUCUCCCUUAGGGCCUCUGCCCUUAUUCCUGUUGGAGUUUUUUUCUAACCCCUUAUGUUUCAAAAGUUUGCAAACAUACAUUUUGGUUGAAAUGAUGAGGAUCCGAGGAUGAAAUCAAGAAGGGACAACAUCAGGGAAAGGGACUGAACCAACUGAACAGCUUCCUCUCUUCAGCAGACACAUGUUCCGAGUACAUAUGUGUCAAAAUCUGACAUCCUCGCCGUUCAGGCCGGUGGCUGGAACAAGCGGAAGUCAGAAAAGCUGGAGCAGACGUGACCAGAAUGAUACCUCCAGGACCAAUCAAAAUGACCCAGAGAAAAACACUGAAGGGCUUUGUCUGAGCAUCAGGAAAACAAGAAUCAGCUGUCAUCAACAUAUGGUUAUGGUGCCAUGGUAAAGAACUAAAGGCUCUAUGAUGUCAUGCUGCUGACCAGACUGUGGUUGGUGAAGUCCAGCAGCACUGCAGGUCCUUGAAGUGUGGUUGAAGAGCUCUCCUCCCAGCUUUUGGAUGGUUCUGCCCCGCAAAGCCAGGAGGUUUCUCUUUGUGAUCUGCAUGGAUGUCCAGGGCUUGUGGCAUUUAUGUGUUUUCUUCUUCAUUUCAUUUUUAGGCAGCACAGAGUCAUUGAUGGAGAGAGAACAUGAGGGACUAAUUGUCUGCUGAGGAGGAGACUUUCUGCAGUUCAAGCCCCAGCUCCACCCCUAAAAAAAGGCUUAUAUAAAGGAAAACCUCAUUUCAUUUUUGUACCAAUAAAUGACUUUUAAUUGAAA